AUGGCCGGGUGCUCUCUCCGUUCGACCAUUCCUAGGCUAGGCGGAAUGGAAGGGAGACAGAGAGGGAGGAGGGUCUACGGCUUGCUUUAGGCGAACGUGGACUGCGGCUUUUCUGAGCCGCUGGUGACUCGCCCGGCACGGCUGCUGACUCCACAAAUCCACUGCCUUUGCCAAAAGCCCAAACCCCCCCAAAGGAUGUUCCACUUCCGGCGCCGGCGCCCUCUAUAAUAAAUGGCGCCCUCGGCAGCUGCACUCCGGUACCAAUCCGCGAUUAUUCCUUGCACGCUAAGGCACGGCUCUAGAAGUGUAGAACUAGCCAUGAUGAAGAAGUCGAGCAGCGGCCAUGUCAUCGGGGUCCCGGUCAUCUCCAAGGCGUACGGGAUAGAGGAGGAGGCGUCCAGGGAUCCGUCGUCCUUCAGCAAGGGCGGCGACGUCGACGCCGAUCACCUUGCUGUCUCGUUCACGCACCCCAGCCCUUACGCGUCUUUCGGCUACAAGCACAGCAGCAGCAACCACUGGGUGAGCAAGCUGAGCAGAAGGGCGCAAGGCUUCAGAGAGCAUGUGACCUUGGGCCCGAAGCUGUCGGAGACGGUGAAGGGGAAGCUGAGCCUGGGCGCGCGGAUCCUGCAGGCCGGCGGGGUGGAGCGCGUGUUCCGCCAGGCCUUCUCCGCCGCCGACGACGACAAGCAGGGGGAGCGGCUGCUCAAGGCGCUGCAGUGCUACAUCUACACCACCGGCGGGCCCAUCGCCGGCAUGCUCUUCGUCUCCACCAGGAAGGUGGCCUUCCGCAGCGACCGCCCCGUCACCGUCGUCACCUCCUCCUCCUCCCCGGCCGGGGUCGUGCGCGGCACGGCGCGGGUCACCUACAAGGUGGUCGUCCCGCUCCGGAGGAUCCGCAGGGUGCGGCCCAGCGAGAACGUCCACCGGCCGGAGGAGAAGUACGUCCACGUCGCCACCGUGGACGGCUUCGAGUUCUGGUUCAUGGGCUUCGUCAGCUUCCAGAGGUCGUGCAGGUGCAUGCAGCAGGCCGUCUCGGAGGUGCAGACGCAAUGAAUGAGGAUGUUAUGGGCUGGGCUGCCAUGUCGGCACGAUGUGAAGAGAGAGGAUGUUAUGGGCUUGCUUCGCCGUCUUUUGUUGCCAAGCAGCCGUAGCUAGGAUUGCCCUGUCUAAUUUAGGGUCGGUGCAAUCGAGUUCCUUCCGCGUACGAUAUUGGACCAACAUCCGUGUUGUUCCAAAGUGGUCGCUUUCAUUGUACUUAGUAGUAUAUGGACCGAUAAAUUAACCAUUUGCCCAUCUUGUUUAA